AUGUUCACUCAUCGAGUUCUUACAGUAAAGCUUAUAAAAUUUCCUAAGAAAAUUCGAUUCUAUUCAUGCCUUCCUGAUAUUGAUAUGAACUAUUACUGUGACUUAAAAAAUCAAGCAAAUAUCAAAAAGAAUAUUGAAAGAAGAAAAGGUAUAGGGGACAUAGAUCGCGUUCAUGAGAUUUAUAAUUUAUUGAAAGUUACACAAUCAACCACGGAAAGUUAUAAUUCUUUAAAAGAAACUUUAUAUCAACAACUUGCUAAUUUACCUAACAAAACUCAUCCAACCGUCGAAACGUAUCAAGAGGAACCUCAAGUUAUACAUGAAAUAAAUGAAAAGCGAGAUUUUGGUGCACACAAACCUUUAGAGUUUAGUGAAAUAACAAAUUAUUUAAAUUUAUUAAGAACUGACAAAUUAGGAUACACUUGUGGCAAUAAGAGCUACUAUUACUUAGGAGAAUUAGCUGAAUUAGAAGAGGCCUUGAUAAAAUACACCGUAACUAAUCUUAUAAAGAGGAAUUUUCAAUUGGUUUCUGUUCCUGACAUACUUCCCAGUCAUGUGCUGAAAAGUUGUGGUAUGUCUAUCAAUAGUGACAGAACACAGAUUUACUCAUUAGACCCAGUGUAUCAUGGUCCAGACUUGUAUUUAUCAGGAACGGCAGAAAUGUCUUUAGCUGGUCUUUUGUCCAACUCGUUAAUACAAAAAGAAGACCUUCCAUUGAAGUUGGCGGCUGUUAGUAGAUGCUAUCGUGCUGAAACAUCAAAUGUUGUAGAAGAAAGAGGAAUAUACAGAGUACAUCAAUUUACUAAAGUAGAGAUGUUUGCAGUAACUUCUCCAGAACAUUCCGAUGAAAUGCUUGAAUAUAUCAGACAGACCCAGGAAGAAUUAUUUGGACCUCUUGGUCUGUAUAUGAAAGUUUUGGAUAUGCCGCCUCAUGAGUUGGGAGCACCCGCAUAUAGAAAAUAUGACAUUGAAGCUUGGAUGCCAGGACGCAAUAAUUUUGGUGAGAUAUCAAGCUGUAGUAACUGCACUGAUUAUCAAUCUAGAAGACUUAAUAUUAAAUAUAAGGAUGGAAAUUCUGAGAAAUAUACACAUACAUUGAAUGGAACUGCUUGUGCUAUACCGAGAAUGUUGAUCGCAUUAUUGGAGACGCACCAAGAUGCUAAAGGGAAGAUAGAUAUACCAACAGUCUUGCAACCGUUUAUGGAUGGAAAGAAAUAUAUAAGUAAAAACACAGUUGUACCGAAGCUAAAAUUAAUUAAACUUAAGAAAACUGACAAAUUAGGAUACACUUGUGGCAAUAAGAGCUACUAUUACUUAGGAGAAUUAGCUGAAUUAGAAGAGGCCUUGAUAAAAUACACCGUAACUAAUCUUAUAAAGAGGAAUUUUCAAUUGGUUUCUGUUCCUGACAUACUUCCCAGUCAUGUGCUGAAAAGUUGUGGUAUGUCUAUCAAUAGUGACAGAACACAGAUUUACUCAUUAGACCCAGUGUAUCAUGGUCCAGACUUGUAUUUAUCAGGAACGGCAGAAAUGUCUUUAGCUGGUCUUUUGUCCAACUCGUUAAUACAAAAAGAAGACCUUCCAUUGAAGUUGGCGGCUGUUAGUAGAUGCUAUCGUGCUGAAACAUCAAAUGUUGUAGAAGAAAGAGGAAUAUACAGAGUACAUCAAUUUACUAAAGUAGAGAUGUUUGCAGUAACUUCUCCAGAACAUUCCGAUGAAAUGCUUGAAUAUAUCAGACAGACCCAGGAAGAAUUAUUUGGACCUCUUGGUCUGUAUAUGAAAGUUUUGGAUAUGCCGCCUCAUGAGUUGGGAGCACCCGCAUAUAGAAAAUAUGACAUUGAAGCUUGGAUGCCAGGACGCAAUAAUUUUGGUGAGAUAUCAAGCUGUAGUAACUGCACUGAUUAUCAAUCUAGAAGACUUAAUAUUAAAUAUAAGGAUGGAAAUUCUGAGAAAUAUACACAUACAUUGAAUGGAACUGCUUGUGCUAUACCGAGAAUGUUGAUCGCAUUAUUGGAGACGCACCAAGAUGCUAAAGGGAAGAUAGAUAUACCAACAGUCUUGCAACCGUUUAUGGAUGGAAAGAAAUAUAUAAGUAAAAACACAGUUGUACCGAAGCUAAAAUUAAUUAAACUUAAGAAGUAA